ACCAAAAACAAACCCCCCCCCGGCAGUUACACGUCUUCCGUUUCCAAGCCAAAACCUCUCUCUCUCUCUCUCUCUCUCUCUCUUCAAAUCAAACUUCUUGAAAACGAAAAACCUCUCGAUCCGUCGACCUCUUUGAUCCCAUGGCGACAACUGGGCACAACAGUCUCAACGCUAAACUCGUUUUGCUCGGCGAUAUGGGAGCUGGUAAAUCGAGCCUAGUCUUGCGCUUCGUCAAGGGCCAAUUCCUUGAAUUCCAGGAAUCAACGAUAGGAGCGGCGUUCUUCUCGCAGACGCUGGCAGUGAACGACGAGACGGUGAAGUUUGAGAUUUGGGACACCGCUGGACAAGAGAGGUACCACAGCUUAGCCCCAAUGUACUACAGAGGUGCAGCUGCUGCUAUCAUUGUUUAUGACAUCACUAACACGGAUUCAUUUGCGAGGGCUAAGAAGUGGGUGCAAGAACUUCAGAAGCAAGGUAAUCCUAACAUGGUGGUGGCACUUGCUGGGAAUAAAGCUGAUUUGGAGGAUAAAAGGAAAGUGACAGCAGAGGAGGCACGUGUGUAUGCAGAGGAAAAUGGUCUAUUUUUCAAGGAGUCCUCUGCCAAAACUGCUGCUAAUGUCAAUGACAUAUUCUAUGAAAUAGCCAAGAGGUUGCCUAGAGCUCAGCCUGCUCAGAAUCCAGCAGGGAUGGUUCUUGUGGACAGACCAGCAGAAGGAUCCCAAGCUGCCUCAUGCUGUGCCUGAGGAUAGUCUUACAAAGCCUGAACAUGAUGCUCUACGUUUAUUAUACACAGGAAUUGCAGAAAUCUCGGUCGCCAUUGCUGAUCACUGGAAAUGGUUAGUUGCUUUGUGUGUAUGAAUGACUGGGUAAGGAGUUGUUGAUGUAAACUAUUGGUCAUAAAGAAGUCGAGAAACAAUUUCAUUCUCAUUCCC